AUGUGAGGAGGGGCGGCUGCGUCGUCCUCCUCCUCCUCGCCUGUGGAAACCUGCGUUAAAAUGUCCCCCCCCACACCAAGUCCUGAUAGUUCCACACACACGUCCCCUCCCUCGGCGGAGGAUGUGCCCCCACACAGCCCCGCUUAGGUGUAGGGCAGGGGAAGCCUCUGUGCGGGAGGGACGCUCGGAGGAAGGAGCAGGAUCCCCGGGCUGCGUAAACAAGGAGAGCAGGAGCCCAGCCAGGCGAAGCUGGGAGGAUUUCACCUUGUUGCUGCUUGUUUCGGGAGAUUUUGCCUCCCCCCGCACCGCAGACCAUCCAGCGGAGGGUUUCUUUCCUCGCUGCGUCCGCAGCCCGGCCAGAAGCGAAACGCUUUCCGUGUUAGAGGUGCUUUUUUUUUAAUUUUAUUUUUUAAUUUUUUUUUUUUUUUUGUCGCGGUCUCCCUGCGAGAAAGAAAUCGGCACCGGUCUGCGGGGAGGAGGGAGACGCGAUCAACUGAGGUUUUCCCUGCCUCCGGCUGAGAGUUGAAGUGACACCGCCGCUGGCCUGUGGCCGGCGGGCUGCACGGCUCGCUGGAAGCGCGGCCAGAGCCGCCCCGGUUACCUGCUGGAGGACCCUUCAAAGCCUUCUGUUGGCGGUGGAGACUUGUAUCCAGAGGAAAAUCGGAUUACUAUAAACUAUGCAGAGCUUUGCGGGGAUAUCUGGAGACUACUCUGUCUGCAUGGCUAAUCUUGAAAUUGUCUGAAAUAAAUCCUUAGCACAAGGAAUAGAGAUACUUUCAAUUAGCAUUUUUUUUUUUCCUUGGUGCUUUCCCCCCCGCCCCAGCACAAGAAUUUAACACUUUCACAGCAAGGUUUUGCGGGAGAAUGGGACACAUGCCGGAAAACUCAUCACGCUUCAUGAAUAUCACAGGGGUAACAGUUUCCGUCAUCCUUGCGGUAUGAAAGGUACUCUGGAUCGUCUGCUGGUGGCUAACAUGGAUCAGGCUUUCUCUGUGUCUGUUACAAAUGUGCUGAAGGAUCCGGAUUUACUGAAAUACUGACGCCAAUAAACUUGCUCCCUCUCUGUUGAAGGCAUUGGAUGUGACAGCGCAGAGAAACAUGUGUUUCACAUUUCUGACUGGUUGUUUUGGCGCAAUCAAUACCUCCACAAGAAACAUUGACUUAGGUGGUGACUGUAAUACAGGGAGGCACACAGAGUGCUGCCUUCGGGUUGCAUGCAAAGUGAGCACAAAUCAAAGAGUCCUCGGUUGCCGUGAAGUGGGGGCUUCUGUGCCCCCAAAACUCCGGGGCCAAGGCAGCUGGCGAUGUUCCCAACCCACCAAAGAGAGCCCGGCCUCGGGGUGCAGAAUGAGCAAUGACCAAAGCGCUGUCCGGAGUGGCAGGCAGUCGGAUCCGUUGGGAAUCACUGAGGCAAUAAUGGUUGAAAGAAAGGUGGAUCGCGAAAUUAUUGCCCGGAGGAGUAGCAGGCGAGACGGAAUGAUGAUGAAGUUAAACUUCUGUUUCUUCUUCUGUCGGGGAUGGUGGGCGUUUCUGUUGCUUCAGCUCCACAUGUUGCAAGCACUGGCACAAGAUGAUGUUGCACCAUACUUCAAGACAGAACCAGGCUUGCCCCAGAUACACUUGGAAGGAAACCGACUUGUACUUACGUGCCUUGCUGAAGGCAGCUGGCCCUUGGAAUUCAAGUGGUUGCACAAUGACAGCGAAAUAACCGCCUACUCCACUGAAUACAAGUACAUCAUCCCAGCUUUGCAGAGGUCCGAUGCUGGCUUUUAUCAAUGUGUUGUACGAAACAGGAUGGGGGCAUUGCUGCAAAGAAGAUCUGAAGUUCAGGUGGCAUACAUGGGAAAUUUCAUGGACACAAACCAGAGAAAAACAGUGACUGAAGGACAAGCUGCAGUUCUGAAUUUCCUGCACAUCCUCAGCUAUCCAAGACCACAAGUGACAUGGUUUAGAGAUGGGCACAAGAUUAUACCAAGCAGCAGAAUAGCUAUAACACUGGAGAAUCAGCUGGUAAUCCUUGCAACAUCAGUGGCUGACGCGGGAGGCUACUACGUCCAGGCUGUCAAUGAAAAGAACGGUGAAAACAAGACGAGUCCAUUGAUUCAGCUCAGCAUAGCAAAUGCCGUAGACCCGUCUGACACCGUGGCUCCUGUCAUUGUAAUCCCUCCACAGAAUACUAGUGUCGUAGCAGGGAGCGGUGAAAUUACACUGGAAUGUGUUGCCAGUGCAAGACAUGUUGAGAAACUAAGCAUGACUUGGAAGAGAAAUGGAAUAAAAAUAACCAGUGGAAUUAGCAAUUUUGGGAGACGACUCACUAUCACCAACCCAACCUCUGCUGACGUUGGGAUGUACUUCUGUGAAGCAAAAUUGAGAGACAGCACAGAGGAACCAGCAAGAGCAAAUGCCUUCCUUUCUAUAAUAGAACCACCGUAUUUUACUGCUGAACCUGAGAGCGUGAUUUUGGCUGAAGUGGAGAAAGAUGUGGACAUCUCGUGCCAAGCGAUGGGAGUUCCCAUUCCCUCCCUCAUCUGGUAUAAGGACUCCAUUCCUCUCAGCAAGCUGCAAAACCCCCGCUACAAAGUCCUGCUGAGUGGCGGCCUGCGGAUCCAGGCUCUGCAUCCUCAGGAUGCUGGAAUCUUCCAGUGUUUUGCUAGUAAUAAAGGCGGGGAGAUACAGACGUACACUUACCUGGAUGUGACUAACAUUAAACCAGCAUUUAUACAGCCUCCAGAGGAUACCACUGUUACUGAGGGGAUGACUGCAGUGCUGACCUGUGAAGUUUCAGGGGCUCCAAAACCUGCCAUCUCCUGGAAGAAAGGAAACCAGAUCUUAGCCAGUGGCUCAGUUCAGAUUCCUCGGUUCAUUCUUCUUGAAUCUGGAGGGCUCCAGAUAACACCAGUUUUCCUUCACGAUGCUGGCAAUUAUACUUGCUUUGCAGUCAACUCUGAGGGAUCUCUGAAUGCCUUUGUGACGCUGACAGUGUGGAAUCGGACUUUCAUUGUUCGCCCCCCUGAGGAUAGCACUGUGAUCAAAGGAACUACAGCCACUCUGCGAUGUGACGCAACUCAUGAUCCUAGAAUUUCAAUCAGGUACAUUUGGAAGAAGGACAGUGUCGUAAUAAAUCCAUCCAGCAGUUCCAGGAUCACAGUAGAGAAAGAUGGAACCCUUCUCAUCAGCCAGACGUGGUCAGGCGACAUCGGGGACUAUACUUGUGAAGUCAUUUCUUUUGGAGGAAACGACUCCAGAAUGGCUAGACUAGAAGUGAUCGAGCUGCCUCAUUCCCCUCAGAAUCUUCUAGCCACUCUGAAUUCCUCAUAUAGCCGCAGUGUGAUGCUUUCCUGGGUGCGUCCUUUUGAUGGAAACAGCCCUGUUCUCUACUACAUGGUCGAGCUCUCCGAGAACAAUUCUCCCUGGAAGGUUCACCUAUCAAAUCUUGACCCCAAAAUGACUGGUGUCAUUGUGAGUGGACUAACUCCAGCCCGAACCUACCAGUUUAGGGUGUGUGCGGUUAACCAGGUGGGAAAAGGCCAGUACAGCUCUGAGACCAGCAGGUUGAUGCUGCCUGAGGAGCCACCUAGUGCCCCACCUAAAAACAUAGUGGCCAGUGGGCGCACUAAUCAGUCUAUCAUGGUCCAGUGGCAACCUCCUCCUGAAAGUGAACAUAACGGAGUUCUUCAUGGGUACAUUCUAAGGUAUCGCCUGGCUGGCCUCCCUGGAGAAUACCAGUAUAAGAACAUCACCAGUGCAGAAAUUAACUACUGCUUAGUGAAAGACCUGAUCAUUUGGACCCAGUAUGAAAUCCAGGUGGCGUCUUACAAUGGAGCUGGGCUGGGAGCAUUCAGCAGACCUGUGACAGAAUACACUUUACAGGGAGUGCCUACAGCUCCACCGCAAAACGUGCAAGUUGAAGCCGUGAACUCCACAACCAUCCAGUUCCUCUGGAACCCUCCACCCCAGCAGUUCAUCAACGGUAUUAACCAAGGAUACAAGCUUCUAGCAUGGCCAGUGGAUGCUCCAGAGACUGUGACUGUGGUCACCAUUGCUCCUGAUUUUCAUGGUGUUCACAGCGGAUGUAUCACCAACCUGAAGAAAUACACUACUUAUUACACGUCAGUUCUGUGUUUCACCACACCUGGAGAUGGACCACGAAGCACACCGCAGCUGCUACGCACCCUUGAAGACAAGCCAGGAGCUGUGGGACACCUGAGUUUCACUGAGAUUCUGGACACGUCUCUCAAGGUCAGCUGGCAAGAACCGGUAGAGAAAAAUGGCAUAAUUACAGGCUAUCAGAUCUCUUGGGAGGUGUAUGGCAGAAAUGAAUCUCGUCUUGCCCGCACGCUAACCAACACAACACUUGAGUACAAGAUCACAGGGCUGUCAUCUCUCACCACAUACACGAUCGAGGUGGCAGCUGUGACCGCAAAAGGGAGUGGAUGGGUCACAUCCUCCACCAUCUCUUCUGGUGUGCCUCCAGAACUUCCAGGUGCUCCGUCCAACCUGGUGAUCUCUAACAUCAGCCCUCGCUCUGCCACGCUUCAAUUCCGGCCAGGUUAUGACGGCAAAACCUCCAUCUGCAAGUGGAUAGUUGAAGGCCAGGUUGGUGUACUGGGUGAUGAAGAAGAGUGGGUGAGUCUCCAUGAGGUGGAGAAUGAACCUGAUGCUCAGAUGCUGGAGGUACCAAACCUUACUCCUUACACUCAUUACAGGUUCCGGAUGCGGCAGGUGAACGUGGUCGGCCCCAGCCCUCUGAGCCAGCCCUCGCGGGUUAUCCAGACGCUGCAGGCUCCUCCGGACGUCGCCCCUGGGAGCGUGACCGUGCGCACGGCGAGUGAGACCAGCCUGUGGAUGCGCUGGGUGCCCCUCCCCGACACACAGUAUAAUGGCAAUCCAGAAUCGGUGGGGUACAGGAUAAAGUUCUGGCGUGCGGAUCUGCAGUCUCCCACCCUGAUGAAGGUUAUUAACAACCGACUGGAGAGAGAGUACACGAUCGAAGAUCUCGAGGAGUGGACAGAGUAUGAACUGCAGAUCCAGGCUUUCAAUGCCAUCGGGGCGGGACCGUGGAGUGAAGUAGUGAGAGGUCGUACACGGGAGUCUGUUCCCUCUGCUCCUCCUGAGAAUGUGUCUGCUGAAGCUGUGAGUUCAACCCAGAUCCUUCUGACAUGGAGCGCGGUCCCUGAGUCUGAGCAGAAUGGUCUCGUCCUGGGUUACAAGAUACUUUUCAAAGCAAAAGAUUUAGACUCUGAACCAAAGAGCCAAAUAGUGAGAGGUAACCACACUCAGUCUUACCUGCUGUCUGGCUUGCGGAAAUAUGUGCUCUACGAGAUCCAGGUGUUGGCAUUCACUCGCAUUGGAGACGGACUCCCCAGCUCUCCUGCAGUUAUAGAAAGAACCAAGGAUGAUGCCCCUGGGCCGCCCGUGAGGCUGGUGUUCCCCGAGGUGAGGCUGACGUCGGUGCGAAUUGUUUGGCAGCCGCCGGAGGAGCCCAACGGAGUUAUCCUGGGUUAUCAGAUUGCAUACCGCCUGGCCAGCAGCAGCCCUAACAAGUUCACGACAGUGGAGGUUGGUUCAACGGUCAGGCAGUUCACUGCUACAGACCUCACCCCUGAGUCAGCAUACAUCUUUCGGACGUCUGCCAAGACGAGGCAGGGCUGGGGGGAGCCUCUGGAAGCCACAGUGAUCACAACAGAGAAAAGAGAACGGCCAGCACCUCCCAGGCAGCUGACGACCCCCCAGUCGGAUGUGUCGUCACGGAGCCUGCAGUUGAAGUGGGUCCCUGGAAGUGACGGAUCUUCACCAAUACGGUAUUUCACGGUGCAAGUGCGAGAACUGCCAAAAGGAGACUGGCAAACCUAUUCCUCUUCUAUCAGCCACGAGGCAACGUCCUGCAUCAUUGAAAGCCUGAAUCCAUUCACUUCUUACAAGCUGCGAGUGAAAGCAACCAACGAUAUCGGAGACAGUGACUUCAGCGCGGAGACUGAAGCGGUCACAACUCUGCAGGAUGUUCCAGAUGAGCCACCCAGUUCUGUGUUAGUAACUCCCCACACUACUUCAUCUGUCCUUGUGCAAUGGCAGCCACCUAAAGUUGAGAGUCUGAACGGCUUGCUGUUGGGAUACCGCAUCUACUAUCGGGAGCUGGACUACGACACCGGGUCUGGAACAGAAUCCAAAACCAUCAAGAACCCUUCAGCUUUAAGAGCAGAGCUCACACCCCAAAGCAGCUUCAAGACAGUGAACAGCAGCUCUGCAUUAACGACGUAUGAAUUAACACAGUUGAAGAAAUACAAGAGAUAUGAAGUGCUGAUGACUGUGUAUAAUGUAAUUGGUGAGAGCCCUACCAGCCCGCCAGUGGAAGUGUUUGUGGGUGAAGCAGCUCCAGCGAUGGCCCCACAGAACAUCCAAGUAAACUCCCUUUCUGCGAGCCAGCUGGAGCUCACCUGGGACCCUCCUCCCGCCGACAGCCAGAAUGGGAAUAUACAAGGCUACAAGAUUUAUUACUGGGAGAGCGACGUCCAAAACGACACAGAGAAAGUGAAGGUCCUUUUCCUUCCGGAGACGACUGUCCGACUCAAAAACCUGACCAGCCACACGCGGUACAUGGUCUGCAUUUCUGCCUUCAAUGCAGCCGGGGACGGCCCGAGGAGCAGCCCCUCGCAGGGCAGGACACACCAGGCUGCACCCAGUGCUCCCAGCUUCUUGGCAUUCUCUGAAAUCACUUCCACGACACUCAACGUGUCUUGGGGCGAGCCGACAGCAGCGAAUGGAGUCCUGCAGGGUUAUCGAGUAGUCUAUGAGCCUUUGGCUCCCGUCCAGGGGGUUAGUAAGGUGGUGACUGUGGACAUAAAAGGGAACUGGCAACGCUGGCUGAAGGUCCGAGAUCUCACCAAGGGCAUGACCUAUUUAUUCAGAGUGCAAGCCCGAACCAUUGCCUAUGGACCUGAACUGCAAGCCAAUGUCACAGCUGGGCCAGCAGAAGGGUCUCCUGGCUCCCCUCAGGAAAUUCUGGUGACAAAAUCUGCUUCUGGGCUGACGCUACAAUGGACUGAGGGAGAUUCAGGAGAAAAACCCACAACCGGGUACAUUAUAGAGGCACGGCCCUCAGAUGAAGGACUGUGGGACAUGUUUGUGAAGGACAUCCCUCGCAGCGCUACCUCCUACACAGUCAGCCUGGACAGACUCAAACAGGGUGUGACCUAUGAAUUUCGGGUAGUAGCUGUCAAUGAAAUUGGCUAUGGAGAACCAAGCAUUCCCUCUGUGGCAGUAUCAGCACAAACAGAAGCCCCUUUCUAUGAGGAGUGGUGGUUUCUGCUGGUGAUGGCACUCUCAAGUCUGAUCCUGAUCCUGUUGGUGGUGUUUGCAUUGGUCCUGCAUGGCCAGAGCAAGAAGUACAAGAACUGCAGCACAGGUAAAACCAUCUCCAAUGUGGAAGAGUCAGUCACCUUGGAUAACGGAGGCUUCACUGCCCUGGAGCUCAACAGCAGACACCUAAACAUCAAGAGCACCUUCUCAAAGAAAAAUGGAACCAGGUCUCCUCCUCGCCCAAGCCCAGGAGGGCUGCACUACUCUGAUGAGGAUAUCUGCAACAAGUACAAUGGAGCUGUGCUGACCGAGGGCUUGGGCCUGAAUGAGAAGCCCUUAGAAGUAUCAGAAUCAGAGGCCACUGACUCGGAUUAUGAAGACGAGCUGCCCAAGCAUUCAUUUGUGAACCAUUACAUGAGCGACCCCACGUACUACAACUCCUGGAAGCGGCAGCAGAAAGGGGUGAAACACCCGGCGUCCUACAGAUAUGAGGAGUGCGCAGCCAGUGAGACAGAACCCUAUUUCCAGACUGUCAUCACGACACAGAGCUCAGGAGGGGUGUACACCCCAACGGGACAGCCUGCGCCCGGCUCCCGGACUCCAGUAACAGGGUUCUCCUCCUUCGUCUGACAUGGGCCGGGAGGGAAGAGCCCAGGCGAGCCGCCGGCAGCAUGCGGGGCGCCCCGUCGCAGUGACCGCGUGCACAUGGCCGGGGUGGUGAACUGGGGGUGAUAACUCCUCUGUCAGGGUAGAGCGGAUGGGAACACGAAUGAGGCUGUUUUGGUUUUGGUUUUCCUUUUUCCCGAAGACAAUCAACUCUAAAAGUACGGAGCUGAACUAGCCGAACCUUUGUUUAAAAAAAAAAAAAAAAAAAAAAAAAAGAAAAAAAAAAAGGAAUUCUGCAAAGUGAUGAUUUUAACCACUUGUGAAUAGUAGGGGUUUUUUAACCAGUUUUUUGUAACACUGCUUCAGGAAGCAGCUCCCAUGCCCUUCUCUUCCCUCUUUCUUUCUCUGCCCUCCUCCUAUCCCAUGUUCAACAAGGAGGUGAAUUCCCUAGAUGCAAUGAGUGACUUUGUGAUGUGAUUUGAAGAGAGAAUGUAAAACUUCCCAGGCUCCUUUUGCUUUUACUCUCUUUAUUUCUCUUUUCAAUUUUUCCCUACCAUCAGGGUCAAGUAGGAAAACACAGAGAAGGGACAGACUUUGACGUGAAAAGCAGACCCCUCCUCUCUCCUCUCCCCAUCGCUGCUCUCCACAUUAGGAGCACUGGCUGAUUCACUUAGGCUCAGAUGUGUCACUGUGUCUGCUCUAGGCUCACUACUGGUGUCCGUAUGCUGAAUUGCUGACCUGCUUUCCUUUCUUGUUCAAAAGGGGCCUGCUGCAAUCUUUAAAUAUUCCAACUCCAGGGCCUUUCGAAGAGUAGAUGGCUCAAAAGAGCACUGUGGGCAGCAGUGGGUGAAGCAAGUGGGAAGAAUUCAGAUGCAAGGUCGAUUUAUUUUUGGUGUGGCUCUAAUCCUCCCUUGUGGACUGCAUGUGCCAUUUGAAUUGUUCAUUUUUUAAAAGUCAAAGGACACAACCCAGCAAGCCAGAGGAAUCUUUCAAUUAAGAUUGCAGGGACAAGCUAGAGAGUCUACUAAUUGAUGAGGUUUUUGAUCAUGAAAGUUAUUCUGCCCUGUCAAUUGAAAUUGAGCAUCCUUUCUUGCCCAGACUCUGCAGUGCUGCUUACUGAUCUGUAAAAAUGGUACACGGUAGUUGGGUUUGUUUGAUUUUUGAAGCCACGUCACACGGCUUGGGUGAGUUUUGGUGUCCACAGGUGCCUUUUAUUGAUUCUUCAGCUUCUUAUCUAGGAAAAGCAACAAAGUCUCUCCAAAUAAAGCUAACAUGUUUUUUUCAAGCAUUGGGGUCAUGAAUUACCUUGUGCACAUUUACAGGCUGCUUUGUGCACUUGAAGCUACAGGUUUUGAAAAGAAGAGGGAGAUGUUUUGUUUAUUUUCCAUCCUUUUGUACAGCUUUCUUUUUGUUUUCUGUCCUUUUCCUGUGUCUGCCAUGUUUAGCAGCAAGUUCUUUGUUCACCUUAAAAUUGUCAGGGGCUUAAAGAAACCGAGUCCAGCCCUUGGACCUAGCAGCAGUCCUGGAUCACUACGCUUUUUACUCUAAGUGUUUGAAAGGUAAAUUUGGAAGGAGGCACAUCCCUGCCACUCCAGCAUCUGGCAUUUCCUCCCAGGUGGAUGUAGGUCAGCCAGGAAAGUUGGCAUCCUGCUGCUUGCUAACAUCACACUGGGACAUGUGUGGGCACUGCUCCUAUUGCAAAUUGUCCCUGUCCUCUCUGCAGGGCUGUGGCACUGCCUGGUGGUGUCUUCAAGGCAGGCUGCUGAACCCAACCUAACGCUGAUUACAGCGGCUGCCUGUCCCUGCCCUUGGGGGCUGGUUAGGAGUAGCCUGGUGGCACCUCACCUGGACAGGGGAGAUUCAAGGGCAUGCUCAACCUUGCCGUCACCUUUCAGUGCCUCUCGGACAGGGCAAACCAAUUCAGAACUGCCUUUACUCUCUGGCACUGCCUCUGAGCACUGCUGCCCUUGGUGCAUACAGGUUCUGGAUUGCUGUUCUUUUCCACAGGCUCCAGAAAGAAAAAGGUUCAGAACCGAAAACUCCAGUGGGUGUGUUUAAGUGCUUUUGAGUUUGGGAUAAUUAUCCACAGCUCAUUAGAUAGCAAAGGUACAAGCUUGAGCCGAAACCCUUGUGAGGUGCCCCCUUCUCCACCUGGAUAGGAUGUGUGUGGGAUGGAGAAGAGGCUCCAAAGAGGAUGAUGUGAAGACGAAUACAAAACAAACAAAAAAACCCUGCUGCCUUCUGUGCACUUUGACUGUUCUCUUAAGCCAUAUGGACUUUGCUUUAAUUACUGAACUGAACAAAAAAUUGUUCGCAGUCUGAUUAUUUUUGUUUGUUUGUUUCUUAGGCAAAAUUAUCUAUGUGACUUUCUGAUUUGUUUUCUUUCUUCCUUGUUAUUUUCUGCAUCAGAUUACGUAUUUUGAACUUUGCGUUACAUAUACAUGGGACACAACAAUGCAGUUGAUGUUGGAAUCUUAAUGGGGCUUAACUCCAGCAGAGGUAGUGCCAUGGGAGGAACCUUUCAAGGAUCACUAAUGGACCUAAAGAUCUAGUUUAGAAUAAAGUCGAUCAAAUGUUGAAGACAUUGCUCCAAAGGAUAGUGUUGUGUGAGUAGCUCCAUACCUCCUGAAUAUUGUCAGAUCUGAAUUGAUUUAAGGUGAAGUUACUCCCUAGGACUGUUCUGAUAUCACAUUGAGCAAAAGGGCAAGGAAACCACAGGGAAUAAAUAAAAAGGACUUUGUGGCCACAGUUUGACUGAAGGAAAACAUGGGGAGCAGUACAGUGAGUACAAAGUGAGGAGAAUAAACUAUCCCUUUUUUUUCAGUGCCAUCUGCAACUAAAGUGCUUGUGCUUGCUGUGGGCCUGCUGACAUGGCUGUAUGGCCCUUUUCUUCUGACUGCCACCAAAUGAAAAUGUUAGAUUGGAUUCCUUUAGGACCUGUUGAUCUGAACAAAGCCAUUUCUGUUCCAUUCCAGGCUAUUAUCCCUCCUUGUUUGGUUUUGUUUAGGAGCUGGCUUUUCUUAAGCGUGGGUUUAUUUUAUUUAGGCAUUCACUAAUCAUGGACAUGCAUUGCCCUGCUCGCUCCUAAGAUGAGAGGAAGAUAUAUGUUCUGCCCAGGAUGCAUGUAACUACAUGCAUGAUGCCUGUGCCUUCAUAUUCAUAUGCUGCACUUGCAAAAUAUGAUGAAUAGGUAGGUUUUAUUUACUUCUAAUAUCAGGUAAAUUGUUCCAUCUAGAAGGAAACACUCCAUCAGUUUGCAAGAAAGUUCUCUUUCAUAGCUGUAAUCUUUGGGAAUUACAGCUUUGAAAUAUAACUUUCAAACAUUAGCUGUCAUGUUACAAUAACUUCACCCAUCAAAUCUACUUCUGUUUCCUUCUUCCUAUUUAGAACAGUCUUGAAAAAUGAAGGCUUCUAUGGAAAACCCUUUGUUAGGAUAUUUUAUCUGUAUUUAUUUAUUUACUUUGCCUUGUUUCUCAGGUCUCUGGGUGACUGUUAUUAAAAAAUAAAAAACGUGUUAUGAAAUGACCAAGGGAGACAUUUUAGGGAACAGUUUAACAGGAGCUCAUUUUUCAUGCAAUAGCUACGGAAAUGUCCCAUUCCCUGCAGGAAAAGAGUGCCCAAGACUUCGCCCCCCUUCCAGGGCUGAGCUGACACCAGCCAUCAGUCAGCGAUGUUCGCAGCCCUCCCCGUGGGACUGAGCAUCAGCUCGGCGCUAUUACAAACCAUGUGCAAAAGUGCAUUUUGAGCGAAGGAGCCUCCCACAGCCCCUUGUAUUGUUCCAACCCACCGCCAAUGGGGGCUUUUGUCCUCCAAAACUCCGUCUCACACGUGGAGUGUCCCCAGCAGAGCCUGCUCCUUCAGGUGGGGUAUUUUCCAUCCCCAUCUCAGUGCUCUGAGGCUGGUGCAUGGCUUGUGGUGCUGGGGUGCAAGCAGCAGUGGUGGGAAGGGACAGGAGGGGGCACUCUCCUACCUCAGUCAGUGACAGCCUCUUUUUCCCCACCCUGGGAGUCACCAGCUGGAAACUGCUUUGUGAGGAAAGCAGGGAGUAGGGACAACAUGCAAGGCAAAGGUGUUCAGCAGCAUGUACUAAAGGAAUCAGUUUGGAGGCAGUUGGUAUUACUGGGGAAGAAAAGGAGAAAAAUAGACUAAUCUGUUACCCCCCCCCCCCCAUUUUUUUUUUUCCCUCCUGAUUUGGAGUGCUAAAACCAGUGAUGCUUUGCAGAUGGGCCAAGAUCUCAUUUCUCCUGCUUAUACCCAGGUCUCUGCCAGAAGCUGCUUUAGCAAUUUUUUAGAAUAAAUAUCCAUGUCUGUCGUGAUGUGGGGUUACAUUUAUUAUCCUUGUCAUUGCUUCCCUCAAGAAAUCCAUUGGGUCAUCCAAAGAUUAUCCAAUCUGCUCUCCAAAAAGGGAGGAGAGAGAGCUGUUUAUACAUACAGAGCACUGCUAUCUUCUCCCACUUGCUGUUUUCAGACUAAACAAGGCAACCUAUUUUAGAAAAACCUUUAUAGAGAGAGAAUUUGUCAGGAAAUUUUAAAAAAGAAAGAACUUUUGGCAGGGCCAUUAGAAAUCAGCAGCCCUAGAAACCUGAGACAUAAGAGAACCCAAUUCCCAAACCCCCUAUCUUUGGCAAUUUCCUUUAUCAAUAGUAGCCAAAAGGGCACAUGCAAUGAGGGAUUAUAUUUGAAGAGGAAAAGCUGUCACAGAACAGUUGCUAGACAGGCGGGUUGUAUUGUAAAGAGUUUCAUUCAGCCUGGAGUUCCUGCUAGUUCAAUCACAUUUCUUAGGUUGUUUUUAUAGGUUUUUGCCAGCAUGUGUGGAGUCCGUACGACAUCCUAGUGUUACUAGAGGUCACGUGGGGAGAGGUUUGUUGCUGUUGAGUGUACACAGAAGCCACAUGCAUGACAAUGUGGUUGUACAGAAUCCAUUGAAACCUCCUUCUUAAGGAAAGCCACCCUUCAAUUAGGAGCACGUUAACCCCGAGACUGAACAGGUUGGGCUGGGUAUGGGCCUUAAGCGGCUUCACCUGACAAGUCCCUUAAUUUCUUCAUAUUGCUACACUCCUCUUCUUCUCCUUCACAUCUGAAGCCCAGCCCUCCCAGACAAAUUAAGUUAGCGUGCGCUUUGUGGAGGUGCAAAGCUUGCCACCCACUGUAGUAGGGCCAGAACUGAUAAGCACACAAGUGUCACACAGGACAGGUGGGACGGGUUUGAACAAGGGGUGAGGUGCCUUUGUGGUUUGAGAUUUGGGCACUGACUCAGAGUUUUUAUCUUCUCAGAGCUGCCACCUGCCCAUUUUAAAUGGCUCAAGACUUGACAUGAAAUUCAUUAUUUCGGUUGAUUACUGUUUGAUCACGGUGCACUUUCUUGGGGCUUGAAUAACUGGAUAUAGAGACUGGAACGGGGCUGCUGCACUUUAUAUCCAAGUGUUCUCCGGCGUAUGUCCAAUUCUCUAUGUCUGGAAGUGCCACCUUUCUGCUGGUGGUGUCCCAUAGGACACAUAGCACUCCCCAGUUGGUGACGCUGAGCUCGGGGGCAGUGGCGUGACCUAUGGGGAUGUUGCAGCAGCUCUCGGGUAGCAGAAAGGUGCAAGAACACGGUGCUAGGGUGGCUUGGCAGCCGGUUGCUUUGCUGCUCUUUGGAUAGAAUCCGUCCUCUGAUUUGGUAUCUGCUGUCAGUUUAGGGGUAGGAACACCUUACACAGCUGUUUCAGAGUUAUCCUGUAGCGUACUACGGUUAUCGGGCCGUUGCUUUUACUUCAGUGUCUCCUUGGGAAUUUGCCCUGGAUUUUUGUUCCACACCUCUCGUUAGCCUCACCUUCACCACUCCACUGUUUUAUAUGAGAAAGUUACUUCUUCUUUUGCAAAAUUGCUUCUAAUUAAAAGAACCCUUUUUGAA